AUGUGGGUGAAAUAUGCAGUAGGGAUGCUUGAUGAAGGAACUUUUUUGUCUUGCCAUGAAGGCCAAUAUGCACCUUUGAUGCCAGAAGGCAGAGGCGUAGGUCCAGGAGCAGGAGCAGGUGUAUCGGGAUAUGGUACUGAGGCAGGGACCGGAGGCAUAGAUAGUGGAAAAGGAGCUGGAGCUGGAGGCAUCAUUGGUGGACUAGAGAUAGGAACCAAAGGCAGCUUGUAUGGUGAAGGUCCAGAUGGUGAAAUAGAGGGAGGUGUUAAAGGCAUAUACGGUGGACUAAUGGCUGGAAAUGGAGGCAUAGAUGGUACAGGGAAGAUUGGACUGAAAGGCGGAGAUGGUGGACUAGUGGCUGGAAAUGGAGGCAUGUAUGGCAUAGGGAAGCCUGGAACUAGAGGUGGAGACGAUGGACUAGUGCUUGGAAAUGGAGGUAGUAAUGGUAUAGGCAAGCCUGGAAUUAAAGGCGGGGAAGGAGAACUAGGAGAUCCUGGAAAUGCAGGCACGGAUGGUAUAGGGAAGCCUGGAACUAGAGGCGGAGACGAUGGACUAGUGCUUGGAAAUGGAGGGAGUGAUGGUAUAGGCAAGCCUGGAAUUAAAGCCGAGGAUGGAGAACUAGGAGAUCCUGAAAAUACAGGCACGGAUGGUACAGGGAAGCCUAGAACUAUAGGCGGGGAUGAUGGACUGGUGCUUGGAAAUGGAGGGAGUGAUGGUAUUGGCAAGGCUGGAAUUGAAGGCGAGGAUGGAGAACUAGGAGAUCCUGGAAAUGAAGGCACUAAUGGUACAGGGAAGCCUGGAACUAGAGGCGGGGAUGAUGGACUAGUGCUUGGAAAUGGAGGGAGUGAUGGUAUAGGCAAGUCCGGAAUCAGAGGAGAGGAUGGAGAACUAGGCAAUCCUGGAAAUGGAGGCACUAAUGGUAUAGGUAAGCUUGGAACUAGAGGUGGGGAUGAUGGACUAGUUCUUGGAAAUGGAGGCAGUGAUGGUAUAGGCAACCCUGGAAUUAGAGGAGAGGAUGGAGAACUAGGCGAUCCUGGAAAUGGAGGCAAUAAUGGUAUAGGUAAGCCGGGAAUGAGAGGCGAGGGCGGAGGAUUUUUUCUUGGAAAAGGUAUAGGGAAGGUGGGAGUUGAAGGUAGCUUGGAUGGUGCUACACGCGCUGGGACUAGAGGCCUCUCUAAGGGUGGCAUUUGA